AUGGAGGAAGUCGAAUGCCAGCAGCCUGAGGAGGCGCCGCAAUAUGUCUGGCCGGAGGUAUCGCCAGGCACUGCGUCAAGGUACCAGGUAGAGAUCACACAGAUCAGGGAUGUGUUUGAGGACAUGACAGAGUCGCACGACGAGACGAUGUGCAACGAGUAUGCUGAGGAGAUUUUCGAGUACAUGAACGAGCUCGAGGAGCAGAUCCUCCCGAACCCGGACUAUAUGGACGGCCAGGGCGAGAUCUCGUGGGAGAUGCGUGAGACGUUGGUUGACUGGUUGUUGCAGGUCCACAUCCGGUACCACAUGCUGCCCGAAACGCUGUGGAUCGCAAUCAACAUCAUCGACCGAUUCCUUACCUCGCGGGUGGUGUCUCUCAUCAAGUUGCAGCUCGUCGGCGUCACUGCGAUGUUCAUCGCCUCGAAGUACGAGGAGAUCAUCGCACCCUCGGUGGAGCAGUUCGUGUACAUGACCGGCAACGGCUAUACCCGAGAGGAGAUCCUCAAGGGCGAGCGCAUCAUCCUGCAGACGCUGGAGUUCAGGGUGUCGCACUACUGCUCACCUUACAGCUGGAUGAGGAAGAUCAGCAAGGCAGACGACUACGAUGUGCAGACGAGGACGCUGAGCAAGUUUUUGACGGAGGUGACCCUGCUUGAUCAUAACUUUUUGGGUGUCAAGCCAAGUCUAGUCGCAGCGAUUGGGAUGUACACUGCGAGGAGGAUGUUGCAGGGACCGUGGGACGCUGGAUUCGUGCACUACUCCGGCUACACUGAGGAGUACCUGUUGCCUGGCUAUCAGCACUUGAUCAACAAGCUGAACCAGGAAGGAUUCGAGAAGCAAUACGUGGUGAAGAAGUACGCGAACAAGAAGUUCCUCAAGGCUUCGCUCUACGCGCUUGAGUACGCGAAGGUCCAGCGCGCCGGAGCCGGCGAGGAAAUGGCCGUUGGCGUUUGA